UGACAAACUUUCCAUUUUCAUUGCACAAAAGACUAGUUAUCUUUACUCGCAAGUAUUUUGCACGUUUUUCAGUCAGAACAGAUGAUUUUCCGGUAUUUCCCCAAUGAUAAGAGAAAAAUUGUGUCGUUUCCAUAUUAUUAAUCGAAGUUGGAUCGUUUUAAAAUUAAGUACCAUAAGACUAACAAGUACAUUAAUUAGUUAUAACUUAACAGAAAAACUGCUUCCUGCAAUUGUUGGAAAUAGCUUGGUCAAAUUCGCCCCAACAGCGUCCGUAAUGGCAGCUGACCCAUCCAAACUAAAGGAGUUAAAUUUGCUAUUUGAACGUCUCCAGGAGGCCAAGGCACAAGCUGAUUUGUUAAAAAAUGAAAUGAUUGAUAUUAAAAAAGAGCUGGUCAAAGCUGAAAGUCUCUUCCCAAAAUCGUUUCAGUUGAAUUGUAAAACCACGGACCAGUGUGAUAGUAAAAAUAUUAAUAGCCCCCCUGCUAAAAAGACAAGGUACGACUUCUCGCGCCAUGGCGAUUAUGUCACAGUUUACACGGAUGGGGCUUGCGAAAACAACGGGCGCGAGGGGGCGAAGGCCGGGAUUGGGGUUUGGUUUGGCGACAAUCACCCCCUGAAUGUGUCCAAGCCGGUCACAGGGAAGGCCACCAACAACGCGGCGGAAAUACAAGCCUGCAUUUGUGCCGUUCAGAUAGCACGUGAUAAUGGGAUUAAAAAGCUACAAAUUAUCACUGACUCACAAUUUACGAUUAAUGCAAUGACCAAGUGGAUUAAAACUUGGAAGAAGAAUAAUUGGAAGUUAUCAAGUAGUAAAAAUCCUGUGAAAAAUAAGACUGAUUUUCAAGAGUUGGACAAAUUGUGCGAAGGGCUUGACGUACAAUGGCAACAUGUUGCGGGGCACAGUGGGAUCAAGGGAAAUGAAUGUGCAGACAUGUUGGCCAGAGAAGGGGCGAAAUUGUACGUUGAAUAAUUAAAUAAACUAUUUUUUAACGAAA